AUGUCCGCCGCCGCCUCCGGGCCCGACAGCAGCUACACCAGCAUGGACGACGAGGCCGCCGCUGCCGGCGUGAAGAACGGAGGCGGAGGAGGAGGAGGAGGAGGCGUGCGAGUGUCGCUGGCCUGCCUGCCCUGCCGCUCCCGACACGUCCGGUGCGAUGCCACGCAGCCCGUGUGCGAGCGCUGCCUCGCCGAGGGUCGUGAGUGUCGUUACGCAAAGUCGAGGCGAGGCGGGCUGGACCGCGCUGCGUUGGCCGCGCGCAGGUCCCGCGUUGAGCAGGCCGCCGCCGCCGGCAACCCGAACCCGCAUGCCGCUGCUGCGCUGCCGCGCCCGGACGCCACUGCGAUGGAUAGCCAUCGGGGACUCACCCUCGACAUGCCACCUGCGCCCUCCCUCCAGGUACCCCAGCAGCAGCAACAACAUCAACAGCAACAACACCAUCACCAACGCUUCGCUGGCAUGGGCACCCUCUUCACGCCCCCGGCUGAGCCUCCCUCCUCGGGCAGGUCGCCGGCCUUGCUGGGCCAGCCGCCGUCCAUCUCCGUCGCCAACGACUCACUCAUCCACCUCUACUACAAGUGCUUCCACCGCUUCCAUCCCUGCGUCCUGCCCCGCAAGCGGCUGGAGCAUUAUUGGCGAGAUGGGCCGUCGUCCCGGGCAGGUCUCAAGCCGCUCGUCGUCGUGAUGCGGUAUAUCGGGGCCAUCUUCUGCGUGUCCGAGCCCCUGGUGUCGCCGCCGACGGAGGAGCAGGUCGAGGCCGCCAUCCUGGAGUCGCCCGUGGCCAGCGACGACUACUUCCUGGCGCAGAGCCACCUACUCUACUCCAUUGCCCUGUACUGGCGGGGGCAGCCGCAGAAGUCGCGGUUUCACAUGGACACAGCGGUUGCCAUGGCGCUCGAGUCCGGCAUGUUCCUGCGUGACUUUGCCAUGCGGCAUGCCCCCGACGAUGCGGUGCUGGCAGAGUGCAUCCGCCGGACCUGGUGGCAGAUUUACAUCGUGGACGCCUAUUACGCCGCCAUCAAGCGGUCGAGCGCGUUCCGGGCCAACACCGUAGAUCCAACGACAGACUUGCCCUGUGAGGAAGCAGAUUACGAGCUCGGGAACAUCCCCACUCCAAAGACACUCGCAGAGUUUGACGCGCGGGAGUUCGCCCCCGACGAUAGCGCUUUCUCGUCCUUUGCGCAUCUCAUUGGCGGUGUCCAGGGCAUGGCCUCGGCCAUGGCACGGGCAAACAGCAUCAUCAACCCCUCGCUAGCUCUACUGGGGUCGUCGUCCCUCAAGGUGCUCGACGUUGCCGACGCCGUGCUUGACGGGUGGAUGCUGCUCCUGCCCGAGGCCAAGAGGAAUCCUCUUUCAGCGGAUGGCGAGGUGGAUGAGCUCAUCUUCCAGGCACUGAUGGCCGUCUACGCAACGACGGUCGGUUUGCACAGGCCAUUCUCCAAAUGCUCCUUCGACCAGCUCGAGUGCAUCUCAGGUUGCUCGACCGCGGGCGAUGACCAGGGGUCGCCACGACCGCCCACCGAGCUAGAGGCAGUUCACACGGCGAAGUGCAUCAACGCAGCCGAGGCACAGAUACGCCUUCUCGCCCUUCCCGCCGGCUCAUCCAGCCACUCGCCCUUCACCGUGUGCAUGCUCACGACCGGCACGCUUUCGCUUCUCUCGGCGUGCAAGUUCAUCCUCCAGGACCAGAAGCUCGCCAUCGCCCGCGACCAGCUGCGCCUCAGCAUCGGAUACCACAAGUCCAUGGCGGGCGUAUGGACAAAGGCAGCUAAGAACCUAGAAGAGGUCCAGACCAUCGCCCGCGAGGUGCUGAUGCUUUCGCCGGGAAGGAACCGAGCCGGCAAUGGCCAGCGAGCAUCGCCUGGCUUCGCUGCCGUCGCGAGCCAGCCGCCGCCGAACCAGCAGGGCAUGUCACCGCAGAUGGGUGCGAACGGCCAAGACGCGUUCUCGACUGGCUUUAUCGACGUCACAAACGGACUGUGGGAUGGCAGCGGCGACGGGCUUUUGACCAUGCCUUGUCAGUGGUGGAUGUUUCCAACUGAAACGGAGUGA